CAAAGUCUGCAGAAGUGCGUCACAGCAGCCUUAUAAAGAGGAACUUUUUUCAGUGCCCAAACACACUUGAUUUUUUCUUCUUCUCUCAGACGGAUAACAGGAAGCCACUGCCAAGAUGAGACUGUUCCUUGCAGUUGCCGUGCUGAUGCUGGCUUUCGUCGCAUACACAGAGGCCCAGGAAGAGGAAACUGUCCAGCAGAAGUUAUCCAAUUUAGGCGAUCAGAUGACUGAGAUGGGCAAGAACCUGGCUGAGAAGGCAAAAACUACCUUUGAUGAGCUCAGCAACAGCCAGUUUGCAAGUGACACAAGAGACUGGUUCACCAAGCACAUUGAACAGUUAAAGAGCAAGUUUGGGGACGUCGCCCAGUAGACAAAUGAACAGGUCACUUUCCUCAACACCCACCUCCACCCUGACGUCACGUCCAUCAGCUGACAUGACAACAUGGUUACAUUACCCCUCUAUGAUUUCUUUUUGGUCAUAAUUGGACUGUAAUAAAAUUAAAGAAACAAUGUGAAAGAGUGUACUAAGACGUCAACAAAUAAAUACGUUUUUUUUAUAUAAAA